AGAAAGAGUUCUACCAUGAUCUUCAGAUUCGCAGACUUCAGAAGGUAGGACACAGUGCUGUUCCUAGUAGACCAUUUCAAAAAAAUGUGUGUUGUAAAUCUCAAAAAACUGUCUUGGCCCUACUGAAUAAAGACUGGUGCGGCCUCGCGACCAGCGGGAGGCGCUCGGUCGCGAUGCGGCGCUUACGACGAGGCUUUGCAGCAGGAAGGAUGUUGCGGCUGAAGACCGUAGCGCACUUCUUGGCGGUUCUUGUGGUUGCAGCCAGACAGGCGAAAGUUUUCACGAACCACAAUGACAACAUACGUGAUCAUUCGGCGCAACAAUCGUUUCUGGGCACAUCUUCUACUUCGGAGACGACCAAGAGGACCAUCAACAAAAAAAUGACAGUGUCUACUGCAAGCGCACAUGAUCUUCUAGGUGCAACGAAAAGGGGUACAACGAAAAGGAGCUCAAGAGGACGCGAUACUAGACAAUCGCCACCAAUAUCCGUCGCUACACCGCUUGGAGGUGAGACCGCUGGCAGUAUGUCGGGUUCCGGAUCUACGGCUGCAGUUGUAGGAAGGCAGACGAUCCCCGAAUCUGGUGCGGCUAUCCCCGAAUCUUCUGCGGCGGCCAAUUCCGAAGCCUAUCAAGCCUUCAAGAAGGAGUACCCCCGUCAUCCUGCCAUCCCGAACUCAGAGGAUCGAAGUGCUGCGUCCCACAUUUAAGCACCACAAAUCCAUCACAGAUCCACUCCCGGAAGCACCCUGAGACCAUUUUGAAGGGAAAAAAAGGUUCCCAUCUUCGGAAGCAUCCUAUGGGGGGGAAGGUCGUUUCAGGAUGUUUCUCAAACUUUGAAAGUAAGAGUAGAGGACUUAUUAACAUGGACAUCGGUAGUAAGAAAGGAGUUAUUAAACACUAGGGAGAUCAUCUUCAGGUGUUAGACUUAAUAUUAACAUGGACAUCGGUCUAACACUUGAUCGCCCUGGUGUUUGCCUUCGUUGCAGGUUUUUGUCUCGCAGCAGUACACUUGAUGGAGUACAUCGAGGCCAUGUUCGAAGUGGGCAGCAAUAAUUCGGAGGGAGAAACAAGGACACUGCGUAUGGCUGGUAGAAGUGAUAGACAGAGAUGAGAACUAGAAGGAUUGCGAUUAAUCUAGAGGUCCUUCCUAUUGCUUUUUAUCGGACUUUUUUUUAGAGGACCUCCUUCUAAACAUCAGAGUGCAUUAACAGAGGUGUCGCCUGAAACUGCGCGUCGUCGGCGCAAUCGAAAAGUGCUGAUAGCGGUUUUGAUACCUCCGAUCCUGCUAUGCGCUUUCUCCAUGUUCGUAGCUUUUACGACAGCUCCGAAGCCUGCUCGAGGACAUCUGCCGAACGGAAGCAAGGAGUAUUAUAAUUUGUUCAGUAGAUAAUUCGUAACAAAUUAAUUAGUUUCCAUGAAGAAUCCGUUUGUUCGGGAACUGGUUGGGGAAGGGGACUCAACAUCUCAUUCAAGCUCAAGACUGGUCUUCGUUCUUAAGCAUGUAUAAACCAAUCCUUACUUUUUUUUCAGGUUAGAGAUCUGCAUGGAAAUGCUGGCCUAUCUCUACGCUGGGGCCCUCGUAACUGCGAUCGAUUGUGGUACGCAGGUGUAUUUCAAACUAAGACCCCAGCGGAUAGAAGUUCGCAGUGUGGCGAUCGUAACGGCCUUGGCGAGUACUGGGGUGCAUAUAUUUAUGUGCCGGAUACUACAUCAUACUAAAAAGUUGAAGUUGUAAGUUGCCAUUUGAAUUUCUGAUGAAUAGUAGUUAAACUAGAAAAAGACUCCUAAGUUCCUAAGUUAGAUCUUCUAACAAUCGGGGUGCCUGGCUCGGCUUUGCGCCUGGCCAUUCCAGCUAUGCUGUCCCGCUGCUUGUCUACGCGGUUCAAACAUUAGCGGUCGUGAACCUUAUCUGUUUGGGUCUCCAUCUGAUGGUCAUUCUCUCUGCCUUGGUGUUUUAUGGCUGCUCAUCUACUUACUAUAUUAAGGCUACCGCUGGACCAUAUCCUGAAUGUCAUCCUUGGCCCUUUUUUCAAGGAGAAAAGGGGACCAGGGAGGUUCUCGGGGAUGCGAGCGCGGUAGCUCUAACUAUAACAAAAACCCACGAGACGACGUGACAGUGCAAGUAGAAGGAAGAUCUUCAGCCACUUCUUCGUUUCUCUUUUCUACAUUCAAAAAUCAUAGCGAUCGCCCUCUACUCUCUCACUAGAUGAUUUCCACACUGCAGAUCACGAUCUUUCUUCGCCAUUGAUUCGCAUUUUUGAUCAUUCAUCCUCCUUUCUAACCCUUGCUACGUCUCCAAAAAAGCAAGACCCCUGUCAACAGUAGGGGAGAGGGAUUCAGAAAUACCGUCGAAUCGCCAGCGCUAAGUCCGGACCGUCGUGGUAACGUAAAUUUCGUUUUUUCCCGUCAGACUCCUGCUAGAGGAGGUCCAGACAUGACACCAAGACAACCGACAUUUGCCUAUGCAUCUCCUUGAAGAUAUGCGUUCUUCUGUUGGAACGAACAUUUGAGACUCUACUCCAGAGUCUGGAGGGAAAUAAAGAAAAAAGAUUUUGUCAUACCCUAGCAUCGCGACUGUCGCCUGGCAGACUAGAAUUGUUCUUGCAUGUUGUAUUUGGUUAAAUGAUUACGUAGAUGAUGUAGAGAACGACAUUGUUUGUCGUGUUUGGUCUGCAGCAGGAUUGUUUUUUCAAUUUCAUCCCGCACCACAAGGAGUUGUACACUUCCACCUUUCCCUGUCGGCAGUUCAAGGCAGCUGCAGAUGUAUAGAAAAAAGUACGGAACGAAGACUGUGACAGUGACUGAGCCUAUCCGCCGUUUGGCGCUCUUAUUUUUUCCAAAUUUUCAAGUUUUCGAAGAAUGUAAGACAAGCUGAAGUAAAAGAAUGUAAAAGCUGAAGGCUUGUUAUUGGAUGAGUCCAGCUACUCACGUGUCCAAC